CCAGUUUUCCGAUGUUUCAUUCCCCCCGAGUUGAAAAUGGAGUUCGAAUAAAGCAGAUGUCCACCAACUUCUCAAGGAAAUUUCAAAUCUAAAUGAUUUUACUUUACGCAUCAGUAUUCAUAUUGAAAACAGCUGAACCUUUUUUUUUUUUUUUUUUUGGCUUUGGAUGCCUUUACUGCAAAUUACUCGGACACGUUGACGGAGCAACGCUCCACAACGCUUUUUCAAGUGUUGUCCUGGACCUGAAGUUGGCGAAUGGAUGCUCGACAGCCAGCCAUAAAUAACCUGCCAAACGUUACAGACUACAACAUUUUGUACAUUUUUUAAGGAUCUAUUCUUAUUUUUGCAAAGCGGGGAUCUGUGGUUGUUGAAGAGGAUGAUGCCGAUGGCCCAUUUGUUGUGGUCGGAUUUUACUUCCAGGGAGGAUAAAAUGAAUCAACGAUUGUCAUUCCUCCUCGCGAUUUAACGUUAGUUCCAGGCAGCGAAGCUAACGUUAAACUAUCUCCACUUGGUUUUCACAAGGACGCUUAGCUAGGCAUGCCCCGUUGUACAUCAUUUACUUACCAUCCAAAAUAGGGGUAAUUUCUAUAUGUGAAGGAAAAUGGUGAUAUUUGUGGUAUUUUAUCCCGCCGUCACUGCGUCGUCGAUGCUAUUGCUAGGAUUUGGAUCCCCGUGAGGAAAAAAUGAGUGAAGAUUCAACAAAUCCAAACAACGAUGACAGUUAUGCGCGUGUGAGAGCAGUGGUCAUGACUCGGGAUGACUCCAGUGGUGGGUGGCUUCCCCUGGGGGGCGGAGGCCUAAGCUGUGUCACCAUCUAUAAGGUCAGCCGGGCGGAGCCCACCGCUGUGGAAUUUCACAUCAAGGGCGAGAGGCUCAAAGACAAAUUGGUGGUGCUGGAGUGUGUCCUGCAGAAAGACGUAAUAUACAACAAGGUCAACCCCAUCUUCCACCACUGGAGGAUCAACGACAAGAAGUUCGGACUGACUUUCCAGAGCCCUGCUGACGCCCGUGCCUUUGACCGGGGCAUACGUCGGGCCAUUGAGGACAUCAACCAAGGUUGUCGGCCAUUUGGGGAAGGGGAUACUCCCGAGGAUGGACUACCGGUGUGUGACGAGCCUCCCUCCAUCUGUACCCCGAUGAAAGAGCCCUUCUCUCCCCUGAACAACGUCGUCUCCACCGAGUCGUUCGGGAGCUGCUACGUCCGUGCCCAACCCUUCGACGAAUUCCCCUCCAGAAACCGCCGCUACCUGCCUCCACAGGUCUCCUUCAAGUCGACUCGUCAUGUCAGUUUUCACAUGGACGAAGAGGAGAUUGUUCGCAUCAACCCGCGCAAAGACGUGCUCAUCCGCGGCUAUGAGGACUACCGCCACCCUGUCAUGUGGAAACAGGAGGCCGACCGCGAGGACCUGGACUUCCCCACCGCCUUCCACAAACUGGACAGUAAGAAGUGCGAGUACCUCUUUCCUGAUGGCCCCUGUGGGGACUCCCACUCUGGCCCUGGUAUGGGCAUUGGAACAGGUAUGGGGAUGGGCAAGGACACAGCCAUCAAGACUCAGCCCUCGCCCCUGCUCAAGUCCAAGAAGGGCCGGCGGCGGCGAGAGGACGGCGAGCGUUCGCGCUGCAUCUACUGUCGGGAGAUGUUCAACCACGAAGACAACUGGCGGGGGCAGUGCCAAGACGCCCCCGACCCGAUCAAGCAGUGCAUCUACAAAGUCAGCUGCAUGCUGUGCGCCGAGAGCAUGCUCUACCACUGCAUGUCUGACUCCGAGGGCGACUUCUCAGACCCGUGCUCAUGUGACACAUCUGACGAGCAGUUCUGCCUGCGCUGGCUGGCCCUGGUGGCGCUCUCCUUCAUCGCGCCCUGCAUGUGCUGCUACCUGCCUCUGCGCGCCUGCCACCACUGUGGCGAGGCCUGCCGCUGCUGCGGGGGCAAGCACAAGGCCGCGGGGUGACCUAACGGCGGACUCUGGGACACCCUCAAAGCUAGCUAACACAGGAAGUGGAUAAAAGCGGAAAAUUAAAAGCCGGCAUCCUUUUUUCAUUCCCCUCUCAGACGGGGUGAUAUGUUGUUGAUCCCCAGCUCUGAGGGCUUUUGGAGAUUUCAGUUUGUGUUUGUCGCCGACAAGCAGCAGUGGAGGACAAACCAUAUGCUUUGUGGGAGCUCUGAGCACCAAGCUAAGUUCAGGAGCUUAAUCUAAGGAGAAGAGGUGUAGGCAGCGUCAAGCUUAAUAGACUUGGAGAGGUUACUAAACACACCUGUACACACACACACAC